CGCCAGUCACACUUUGGCCUUAACCAACAACAUCCUUAUUCAUCCUUCUCAUCGUUUCCGACGGCUUAUUGGAGAUGUCGGGGUCAGUGAGCCUCCAGAUACCAACCACGGACCUACCAGCGGGUCCUUCUCGUCAGCAAUAUGGCUCUUCAUCCGUUUCCAGACCUGUUUCUGUCAACGUUCACCCAUCUUCUGCUGGAUCAACGCCGUCCGCAUCGAGAAAACAGCGAGCUUCACACACAGUUGUGACUUCGACCACUCAACAACAACAGUCUCAGCAUAAUGGCUCAGGCAAUGGUCGCCAUGAAGAUAGCUCCCCGCCGUACACAGAUGUUUACAACCAUCCCGCUGCAGUAGCCUACGCUUCUGCGCAUCCACGACGAACUAUCCCUAAAUUUGGCCCAUAUCUGCUACUACAAACUCUUGGGGAAGGAGAGUUUGGCAAAGUCAAACUCGGCCUUCAUAGUACUUGGGGAGAAGAAGUUGCCGUCAAGCUUAUCAGACGUGGAAACGUCGAUAGCGCUGUUCGUAUGUCGAAAGUCGAACGUGAAAUCGAAGUUCUAAGAACCCUCAAACAUCCAAACAUUGUCCGUCUAUACGAUGUCAUCGAGACGGACAAAUACAUAGGAAUAAUCAUCGAGUAUGCUUCAGGAGGAGAGCUGUUCGAUCACAUCCUCGCACACCGCUAUCUGCGUGAGAGGGAUGCAGCGAAGCUGUUUUCCCAGCUGAUUUCCGGUGUGUGGUAUAUACACCAAAAGAAAAUUGUUCAUCGAGAUCUCAAACUCGAGAAUCUCCUGCUUGACCGACACCGGAAUGUCAUCAUCACUGACUUUGGUUUCGCAAACCGCUUCGAACAUCGUGCAGAUGACCUUAUGCAGACCUCGUGCGGUUCUCCCUGUUAUGCUGCGCCCGAACUGGUCAUCAGCGAGGGUCUCUAUGUGGGCAGCGCCGUCGACAUCUGGAGUUGCGGCGUUAUCCUAUAUGCAAUGCUCGCUGGUUACCUUCCUUUCGAUGACGAUCCUGCGAACCCGGACGGUGAUAACAUCAAUCUUCUAUACAAAUACAUCGUUAAUACCCCGCUUUCCUUCCCCGACUACAUAUCUGAAUCCGCUCGGGAUCUCCUGUCCAUGAUGCUCGUUCCUGAUCCUAGCAGGCGGGCUAGCCUCGAGAAUGUCAUGCAACAUCCUUGGUUGGCUGCAUAUCAUGCUCCUCCAACAGAUCCUAUCAGUGGUCAAAUCACUGCCUUUGGACGUACGGUAGAGGAGCUAGAGAGAUCUGCUAUGGAUCAGCACCAUCAAAAGAGAUUAGCUUACCAGAAACAGAUGAAGGCUGCCGCCGCCGCCGCCGCUCAAGCUACGGUUGCGGAGCGAGGUACACGCUCUCAGAGUUACCGUCAAGAGAGUUACACUAAUGGCGGGGCUCCGUCCGGCUCUUUCACCAGCCCCCCUACUCGGAGCCAAUCUAUCGAACCAGCGGUUUAUGAGACUCCGACUGAACAAUCGAGUGUUCAUAUCUUUUCACCGCCAACCUCUGCCUCUGUGGUUGGACGAGGGCCCAAAAGUAGUUAUGGAGUCGAUGUCGAUGAUCCAUUCGCUGCUCCGGCGGGUACCGUUGUUCCCCUAUCUGCUCCGGCGGAAAGCCCGGCCGAGAAGAAGAAGGCUAGACACACGGUGCAGCUUGAGUACGACGGCUCCCGUCCCUCACGGAGGGAGAAGGAGAGAGAGUACCAGGAAGAGCAUCGAGAGCGACGGAAACAAUCUGACCGUUCGCGUUCACCCAGCCACCGCCAGCAAAGUAGCUCGCAUGCACAGACACCCACAACUUCGAAUUCGGAUCGACGACGAGGGUCCCAAAGUAGUUCCUCGAAACCUGCUCCUGUAUCUCCAGCUCCUAUAACACCAUCCAGAAGGGGUAGUGAGAAUCGAUCUCCGACCACGCCGCGUUCCAAACCUGCGCCAGUCACCACCAUGGAUCCUCCUAGCAUCACUCUUGCUAGUCCUCCUGACACACCUCUCAAGUUUGCUCCUCACGUUUCUGAAACCGAUGGCGAAAAAGAGUUGACAGACAGAGAGGCACCCCAGAGUGGAUCACAAAGCUCCUCUGGAAGCAAGCACAAAAGAGGAAUGUCAUCUGUCGAUCGGUUGGCGAGAAUAUUCAAUGGACCUGACGGGUCUUCGGCAGACCCAAAUUCUCCUGCCCCUUCCAACGCCCCUAGCAAUACAUCGGGAUCCCUUUUGUCCCCUUCAACUGGCAGUGACAAGGAUGUGUCGUUGGCAAAUUCAAGUGCCAAGAAGAGUCGCCGAAACACCCUGACAGUCAUGGUAGAGCCGUUCAAGAGCACUCUAAAGAACAGGAACAAAGGACGGAUGACAUCAACCCCCAUGUCUUCUACGCCGGAUGCUGAUGAGAAGCGGGGACGGGACACUUCCUUACAACCCAGGAGUGCUAUUGCCACGGAAUCAUCCGGUUAUCCAUCGCCGAACGGUCAGGGUCAGGGAAUGCAUGCGUCGACCAACAAGGCCGUCAAAGUUAUGCAGUGGUUCAGAAACAAGAGCAAGGCGCGGGACUCUGUUACGGUUGGUGACCCUAUGCGCAGCACCAAUGCACUAUCCGAAGACGAGGAAAAGCUUGCUUCUGCAAGGGCUACCACACCAACUCAAAACAAGUACCGUGAAAAGAAUGUCAUUACCGGUGAUAACAUGAACCAGGUGAACACCUCACCUGCUGUUGUGGCUACCCCUCGCUCUGCUAGUCGUACGUCAAACAGACCGACGCGAACAGCGUCUACGGAUACGUCUACCACUACUCCUAGCUUCGUUACUAGAUUCAGGAACUCGGUUACGGUAGGGGGAGGCGGCGGGACUGUUACUGAGAGGUCCCAUCCCAAAACUCCAGGAGGCCAACUCCGCACACAUCAUGGUGCUGUCGAUCAAUCGACUGUGACUACCCGGCCUCCUCCAGAGGUAAUGAAGCAUGUUCAGGCAGUUUUGUUGGCUAUGGGGGUAGAAGUUCAAAUCGAGAGCGAGUUCAAGUUCCGCUGCAUCAGGAUGAAGCGGAAGAAAAUGCCAGGCGUUCCAGGUAGCGGUAAUGUCGGAUUCAUGGGUGGUAGCGGAAAUGGCCUGGCAGCAUUCAACAUGGUUGGAAGCGCGGCUUCAAAUGGGGUUGAUAAGCGUGGAUUACCUCUUCCUUCUCAUCAGAACUACUCAGGUUCUGCUGGGAUGCUUCGUGGUUUGUUGAUGCGUAGACAAUCAUCACAGGUGUCCGCGGGUGUAGGCUCCUCUUACGAGGAUGAUACCCCUAACAGUAGCGUCGUUGUAUCCGAAGGUUCUGCGCAAGACCCUCUCUACGGUGAUUCUUCCGAGGACGUCGGUGACGAAGUCAAGUUCUCCGUAGAAUUGACCAGACUUUCCGGCUUGACCGACACAUACAGUCUCGACAUCCGACGACUGAAGGGAAAUUUGCGCAGCUACAAAUUCUUAUACGAUAGCAUUAGAGUGCGCGCGGAACUAUCCUAAAUACAGAAAAGACUUGUAGUCAUAUUCAGACAUCCUCUAUAUGCUUACCUGCUAUCAUUCAUGUUGUGCACCAGAUACUUUAACCCAGUACCUCUUUUCUUCAAUUACACAAUAUAUCCUAAUCAUUGUUUAAUACCCUUUUCACCUCUUUACGUCUCUUACCCGUUUCAUUCUCGGGGCUGUUCCAUAAUAGUAACAGGUUUUGGCGAAUACACUUCUAAAUUUUAUGUCCAACCCUCGCAGGCCUUGCAAUUCUUCCAAUCUCACUGUCAAUUACUACGUUUUACUUUCAUGACACCUUCUCUGCAUUCUCGUAUACCUUUUAUUGUUUGGGAUUUACAUAUCAAUUCUCUGUGCAUAUCGUUUCAACCUGAGGAUCGCUACUAGGAAACAACAUGAACAAUGCUU